UGCGCUCCAGUCUGUUGUUCUCUCCUACAGUGAAUCGUUUGCUUACUAUGGAGACUAACAGCAAUAGAAAUAGUGACAGAUCUCCAAACGCUUUCUAAAUACCAAACAACGACCAUGGCUGCUAUAAGGAAAAACAAAUCUCCUAUAAUGACCGCUGCCGUAAGCUGCUCCCGCUUACGGCAAGUCCAGGCUCUGCUAAGGGAUGAUGUUAAUACAGCUCCAGAUGGCAUCCUUUGCUCCCUGGGUAUUGACAGCCGCUACAAUGAAGGCUGCAGCGAGCUGGCCAGCUACCUUUUCUGCGGCUUGUAUAAACACAACCAUUUUGACAUGGAGCAGAUCCCAGAGGACUUUCCAGAAGAAGUGCUGGAUGAUGUGAUCAUCCUUAUUAAGGCAGAGUGUGUGCAUCUGUACUGCAACCCAGUGAAUUACGGGUACCUGCUUCCCUAUGUAUCUCACUGGAGGAAUCUGCAGCUUCAUUGUCUGACCGAAACAGAAUAUGAGGAUGAAGAGGUUGCGGAGGAAUUUAAAAUCUCAAGUUUUGUGUCUAUGGUUCAAGACUGCCGUUGCAUUGGAAUCCCGUACAGCUCACAUGGCCAUGUUCAGAAGUUUGACAUGUUCAUGUUGGAGAAAUGGCCCAUCAUUCAGGCAUUUGCCUUGGAAGGAAUUGGCGCCGGAGUGUUUUUCACCAUGAAAUAUAAGCUCACAGAUGUAAGUCAGAGACUUUGGCAGGUCUACAGCAGAUUGGACCCAGCAUCUCUGGAUUGCCUUCUCAGUGAGGACCUUCAGCUUUUUGAAAGACAGUGGAGCUGUCUGUUCUCCAGUAUGGAAAUCGAGAGUGCACUUUCCAUGCAGGAAUUGUCAGAGGCCCAAGUUGCAGAGCCUUUCAGAACAUAUUAUUCGCAUGGUCUUAUUUCAAGCAAUAUCACAGACAAGAGUAAAAGCAGGCAGCCAUUUGUGUUGUUUGGGAGUCACUCUACCAAGGAAGAUUUGGAGAACUACUGUUUCACCUUCCCUUCUGAAGGCCACCAGGUUCGAAACACUGGCCCUGCUGGGGGUGUUGCCAAACACAUGCUGCUGCAAUGUGUGGCUCCUAAAGGGCCACUAGCUUGUGCUCGAACGUAUUUCUUUGGGAGCACACAUGUCCCAUACUUGGGAAAUGACAACACCCAGCAGAAGGGCACAGAUCUCCAGCUUCUUUCACAUAUCUACUCAGCUGUGGUUCAGUCUGUACUAGCAGGAAUCAAUUGUUUCUCCAUCAACUCCAGUGCUAGUAAGGCAAAGGAUGUAGCAGAGCAAACAUUUCAGCUGGCCUUGGACAACUUUGGGUUGAUUCAGUACAGAGGAGCUCUCAGAUCCAAAGCUGUGUUUAGCAUACAGGCUGUCAACAAUGAGGGAACAAUCAUUCCCCUCAGUGAUGAGGACAGUCACUUUAUGGUGAAAACUGCAUCCAUGAUGGUGCAUGAUAUCCCAGAUCUCCAGUGUGGAGGAAACCUAGGAUCAGUAGUUUUCUCUGAGUCAUUUCUAGAAUCCAGCGUUUACAUUCAGCAGAGAGAUGGCGCUCUUUCCUCUGACAGCUGCUACACUGUGCUCACCUCCUCAGUUCCUCGCCAUGUUUGCUGGCUGGUAGACGAAGCUGAUGUGCGAAUGUCUGAACAGGCUCAGCAUCUGCCGAAGGAAGAGGAUGGUACGUGUUUGGGCAUUCCUCUAACAGUGAGAGACUCUGCCUACAUGUUCUCUAACAGCCUGCUGUCUACACCUGAGGAAGGGAAGCUGGUGUUUUUCUCUGAGGGUAUCCUGUUUGUGCAUCCUUAUUAUGGCUCCAUUACACUCUCUAUGAGUCACAUCAACAGCAUUAAACUCUGUGAUGGGGGCUCUAUGUCUGAUAUAUCAAUGCUGUUCAUCGAGUAUCAGACCUCUCUGCUUCCACACCUUCCAUUCCCUUUACACAGUGCUGAUUUCUCUCUGGCUAUCGCGCUUCUUCCCAGAAGCAAGAGCUACAAAAGCUUCUAUUCACAGGUCCUGCCAGCUUGGCGUAAGUCAGACUCUGGGCUGAGAGUGCAGCACGUCCUUAACGAUCAGCUGAGCCCUGAGCACAAGAGCAUGUACUUCAGGCUGUUAAAGCUUCAUGAGAUACACACACCAGCGGCAAACGGCCAUAGAGGUGUUCUGAAGACUGCUUAUCCACAGCUGCCAGAGCAGGACAGGUUCCUUCAGCAUUUUGCCAUCAGCAGUAGCGUGGGUGAAGAAUCUGUCUGCAGCGACCACUUGUCUUCUGUGUUUUCAGACACAGCACCUGAAAACAUCAAACCUGAAUCCAAGAAAAAGGUGGUCCUCACUAUCAUUGCAGGCUUGCCAGGCAGUCAUAAGGAAAAUCUUUGUGAUUUCUUGAUGGAGGUGAAUCAAAAUAGUGCCAGGUGGGAGGUGUUUUGCCCUGCUCUGAAGGGCUCUGAGGAAUUCAGUGCGUCGCACCUUCAGCGGUACCUGAGCAGCCUUCUGGCCAAACAGAGGGAGACGGAUCUAAAUUCAUCCAGAGUUGUGCUGCUUAUACCAGGGUACACCGAUGUGCUGGAUGUGAUCCAGACAAUCACGGCUCAUCCAGACCCACAAGUUCACAGCCAAGUGACAGUGGGUGCCGUCUCAGCAUGUGUCAACCCACUUACAUCCUUCAUCAAACACAGGCUUCUCUUCCCCAAACUCCUGGAGCAGUGCAGUCAGGGCGUCGUCAGCAAUGUUGUCUUCACGGGUUUGACUACAGAGCAGAAGCACCCACUUCUCAAACACAUGCAGAUGUUGAUCCGCGCAGCCAAUCCUAGCACUGCAUUUAUCUCAGCAGAGAAAGGGGCGGUUAGAAGGACUGAAGAUUUACGGCUUGUCCUGAAUGACAACAGUUUCUCACAGUCUCAUAUGAUCAAUGCACGAUACCUGCUGUAUCCUGGCUGGUGGGAAGGCAGGUUUGUUUCUGGAAGUGGAUCAUUGUCUAUGUCUCAGCAUUGUAUUGAGUUCACUCGUCCAUUGGAGAGAGCAUUAUUUCUGCAGCGCUGCAAAGCUCUGAAAUCCUCUCUCAAACCCAGCCCUUUCACAGGAAACAUCUAUCAUAUCAGUGGGAAAGUGCAGUUCUCUGACAUUGACAGACAGAUGGUGGUAAACUGUAACUCUAUCAGUGGGAAUGUGACCAUUGCCCCUGAUCAGGGGACUCACCAUGGCCCGUGGACAACAAACAACUGUUAUCUAAUGUUUCACGGAGUGGGGCUCACCCAGGAGGGGCUGAAAGACUGGCUUCGGCAUUGUGCCAAACAGAAAGUGGCAAAAAAAGUCAAGAAGAAUAAGCGGACACUCACCACACAGGAGAUCAGAUACAUUCAUGUGAAAAGACACCUUGAUCCUCUCCCUCCUGGUUACUUCUACAACGGUCAUCACUUUGUCAGUUUCUUUGGAGAAAAGCAAAACUUCCAUCCUCUGAUGGACCAGUUCAUUGAUGAAUACGUGCAGGAGGCCAACAAGGAGAUUGAGCACUUCAAUAGAGAGGUGGACCUGCAGCCACACGCUGACCUCUUCGACCCCUAAUCCUCUCUUCUGACAAAUUCACUUUCCGGGGAAAGGGAGGGGAGGGUCACUUUACAAUCGCUAACGUCCACUAUCCAAUUACCCGCUCAAAACCGUCCAUUUCACAUGUUAGAAUGAGGGAUUUGCUGUUGAGAGAUGGGGAGGAUUUAGCUCACAGCCAGGAAGAAAUAUCACAGCCUAAUGAGAGAUCCUUUGCCCAACAUACCAUGACUGUAAAUAGUACCAGCUGAAACGCAGCUGUGUAAAACAGCAAUGCUAAAGCCUCAGAUGUGUCAAAACAUUCCUGUACAGAAAAAUAUUUUCUCUCUUUUAUUGGAAAAUAGAAGGUAAACACAAAUUCAAGGCUUAUAGGCAUGCCCAGAUCAUUACGCUUUCCGCAGUGUACAUACUGUAGUGGUGAAGCUCCCCACAGUGAAGCUUGUUCUACUGUAAUUCCAGUGCCUAGCAGACAUAUUGAGCUGAAUCGUAAUGAAGUUUGUCAGUGAGGCUGAAAGUGAUCAAACAGAAGGCUCAUUUCCAGCCGUGUGCAUCUGGAAAGGCAGGUGCACUGCACCUGCCCUCAGUCAGCCUCUGUCAAUCUAUCGACCCCCGCUGUGUAGAUCAGGGCUGAGGAUCUCUCAUGUGCUGCAGCUCUCUUUUCAGCCAUUCUGAAGUGAUUAACGCUGCUUCAAGUCACCCAGUUUUGGAAAGGUUAGGGUACGACGGAGGGUUUAUUAGUAAAUGUUCUAAUGUGUUCUUAAUCAGAUUGACUCGUUGGUGUUGGGUCCGUGUAGCACCAGAAAUCGGUUCGCCGUGUUUAAACCCAUGGCAUGGCAGAAGCAGAAUUAGUGUGCUUAUAUCACCCCUGUACUGUACUAGAUCCGUACCGUUCAGUAUUACGGUCGUAUUUAACUCUAUCUUGGGGUGUGUGUUAUUCUAUGCAUGUUUACUUAGACUAAUCACACACAGCAGGAGAGCAGCAGUGUCACACAUUUGACCUUUGUCUACAAGAUGAGCCUUAAAAGUAAUGUUUUGAAACAAUUACAGCAAAGGGAUGCACUUCCAAAGAAACCCAGACACUGCUGGUCUCCUCUGUGCUGCAAUAUACUGUACCGGUGUUAAUACACUACAUGGUUAGCAGCUCUUUCGCCAAGCCAUAUUCACUCUUUCGUCUGAGAUUUAUGAGCUACAUAGUGCUGAUGUUGCUAUGGGCUUUUUUAGUGUUCCUUUGGAGAUUUAUAAUAUGGUAACUUUGCCUUCAUGUCUCUUGACACUUCUGUACCUUGUCAGUAUGCAAGUGCAGUUUUACUCAAGGCCGCCCAAACUCUGAAAGGACGUUGCUGAGAUGUAGAUCCGACAAGCAAUGAGAAACCGACUGCUCGCUAAUAGGUGACAGAGCCUCAGAGGUAAGCAGUCACUUCACGAGUUCUGAAACAGCCACACACGUGCUCAUUUAGCUGGUGGUGUCGCCAUUAGUCGGGUUCUACGCAGCAGCUGUCCUUAACGGGUACAGGGCUACAUAUCACUUAUAUAAUGUGUAGUUCAAAGUAGCGGCCAUUUUUAGCACAUACUAUGUGUUAAGAUGUUCUAUUUACGCUAACUGUAAUGCCUUUCACCAAACUGGAACAACCAAGAAAGAAUCGCAAGAGUCGAUCUAUUUUUCAUAUUGGAAAACCGUGAUUUAUCUUUGCAAAUUCUAUUUUUCUAAUGCUGUGAAAUCAAUUAAAUUGGAGCCAGAUGAUAGUAUUCCUCGGGCGAAGCAGAUUCUCUUCUGUGAGAGAUAUUUGGCUGCCGCUGCAGAGUCUUGGCAGAGAGCAGGGGCAUCCCCGGGUAGAGCCAAGCGCCAGUGUUGGUGAAAGGAUAUGAAGAGUUGUUUGUCUAUGUAAGUGUAAAGGGCCAGCAAGGGUCUGCCGAGUAACAGAAAGGCACUGGAGGGCCACCGUGUAAAACUCUAGAAAUCUGGGCUUUUUGUCAGAGAUGAGCACUGUGAAUCGGGCUUUGGCUCCUCAUCGUAAGGCCCUCCAGAGGCAGUUCCUGGUAUUAUGCGAACCCCCUCUGGCCCGCACAGCUGUGCUCGUGGAGCUGAAGUUAGAGGAAUAAAACAGAGUUUGGUGGAAAGAUUUAAGACAUGAAUAUGUCGAGAAUAAUCUUAAAUUUGCGGCUCAGAUAGGAGGGAUAGAUUUAUCGUCUUUUUCGUUUUGUUUUGCUGAAACCGGCCUGGGUUUUCCAAAAGGUCAAACUUUUAAAGAAAAGCACUUUUAACAUUGCCUUUGGUGGCGAACUAUUGUUAUUAUUAUUAUUAUUAGAUAAAUAUUCUGACUUUCAUGCUUGUUCCUGACCAAAACAUUUUACCUUGUCCAGCCCUCUUUGUUUUAAAAACCAACUAGAGUCUGAAUAUUCAAACAGCACAAGUCUUGUGUUCUCAGGUAUCUGUUAGAGUUGGCAACACCAGCAUUGACGUUUUAUUUCAAAUGUCCAUCACAACUGGCUUAUAUUUAGCACAUUAUGUUGUGGAUGAACGUGCUUCGGGGGCAACAGUAAAAUUAGGACAAGCUAAAGGGCUAAAUGAUUUCCAAUUGCUGCUGGCUGGCUAGGGACAAGCCUGAAAAUUGAAAUAGCUAAAAAUAGAUGUUAUUAGCUAAAAGUUAUUUGCACAAAGCUAAACAUGCACCCAUUGGCGUUUUGGGGAAACCAUUGGAGCUUUUUGACUUGGAGGGAAAAUGUGGAAUUCAUAUACACUACCAGUCAAAAGUUUUUGAACUGUAAGAUUUUUAAUGUUUUUUUAAGUAGUUUCUCCUGCUCACCAAGCCUGCAUUUAUUUGAUUCAAAGUACAGCAAAAACGGUAAACCUUUGAAAUAUUGUUUUCUAUUUGAAUAUAUUUUAAAAUGUAAUUUAUUCCUGUGAAUUUUUGGUAUCAUUACUCCAGUCACAUGAUCCUUCAGAGAUCAUUCUAAUAUUCUGAUUUGGUGCUCAAAAAAACCCCCAAAAAACCCCACAUUUUUUAAAUUAUUAUUAUGAUGUUGAAAACAGCUGAGUAGAAUUUUUACAGGUUUCUUUGAUGAAUAGAAAGUUCAAAAGAAAAGCAUUUAUCUGAGAUAGAAAUCUUUUGUAACAUUAUAAAUGUCUUUAUCACCACUUUUGAUUAAUUUAAAGCUUCCUUGCUGAAUAAAAGUACUAAUUUCUAUAAUUUUUAUAAAAAUUAUACUUCACGCUUUUGGAUGAUAUAGUAUAUGAUGUUACAAAAGCUUUUUAUUUUAGAUAAAUGCUGCUCUUUUAGAUCAUUCUAUUCAUCAAAGAAUCCUAAAAAAUGCACUCAACUGUUUUAAAUAUUGAUAAAAAUAAUAAUAAUAAUAAAUAUCAGCAUAUCAGAAUGAUUUCUGAAGGAUCAUGUGACACUGAAGAGUAGAGUAAUGAUGCUGAAAAUUUAGCUUUGAUCACAGGAAUAAAUUACAUUUUAAUAUACAAUCAAAUAGAAAACAGUUAUUUUAAAUAGUAAAAAUAUUUCAGAAUUUUACUGUUUGCUGUACUUCAGAUCAAAUAAAUACAGGCUUGGUGAGCUUCUAUUAAAAAACAUUAAAAAUGUUACUGUUCCAAAACUUUUGACUGGUAGUAUAGAUUCUCCAGUCUUUACCUCAGUUUCAGAAUAUCCAGUGCUCGGAGUGCUCAUGAUAUCUUUGAUAUCUUCUUAACUGAACGGUUCUACUUGAAAAGUGCCAAAAGUUCUUAAACAACUUUUGUUUUUGGUUAUUUUUCGUUUUUUGUUUAAAGGGGUUAAACAAAAGUUUGUGAAAAAUCUAAAUUUGAGUGUCGUUUGCACAGAACUACUGUAACUCGUGUUUUUCUCCUGUGACUGAUGCUUUUUUUCUAAUAUAUAUGUUGUAUUUAUGACAAAAUAACACAUUAAAAUAUUUAUAAACUA